UGUUUAUUGAGCUGAAUUUUUUUGUUGUUCGUAAAUUUUCAAUUUUUUUUUAUUCGAAUCUUGUGAAAUUGUUUUUAUUUUUUAUUUUUCCUGUUUGUAUUUCAUCAUGGAUGACGAGGAAGAUGUGUUAAAAAUGCUGAUAAAUGAUGGUUAUGAUGAUGAUGAUGAUUUAAAUUUUGAAAUCGAUUCCGAAGCUGAAGCAAGAUUACUUGAAGGCGAUGUAAUCACAUCGAAUAAUUUAUCCGAUUCGAAUGAAAUCAAUAAAAAUUCACAAUCUGAAACAAAUUCUUCAUUCAAUAAAGAUUUAGAAAUUACUAAUCAAUCUAAUUCAUCGCCGGCAAAUGGUGAAAAUGAUAAAAUUCCGAAUCAAUCUAGCCAAAAUCGACCGCUUUUGAAACGACCAUAUACUGAAUCAACAUCAAACAGAAAUAGUAGCACAAAUAAUUUCCGUAACCAAUUUAAAAGGCCUAGAUUUCCAAAUAACAAUAAAUCGGUCAAUGUACAGAAUGAAUUUUUUAAGCUUGAUAAAAAUGCUGCAUUCAAAUAUCCAGCUCAUAGAUCAUCAAAUUCUUCAUUGGGUCAAAAAUCUGGACCUAUUUAUCGAUUCCCAUCGAUGAUGCCAUCACCAUCAUUACUUCCACCACCGUCACUGCCUUCAACAAUAUCCAAUAUGUCAAUAGAUCCGAUAUUAACAGCCGAUUUGUUCAAUAAUCCAAAUAAUAAUAAUUUUUUUCAAAGGUCAUUCGGUAAUUGUAGUUCUUUUAUGAAUCCCAGAUUCGAUGGUUUUUCAUCUUCUAUCAUACCGAAUCCUUUUAAUCCACCACCUAUUAAUAUAAUGCCAUUCGUAACAAAUCCUCCAUUUAUCAAUGGUCAUCCACUAUCAACACCAAAUAAAUCAUUCGUUGGAUUUUCAACUAACACGGUUCCCAAUAAUCAAAUAAAUAACUUCAAGCAACCUUUAAUAUCAAAUAAUAUUCCAAAUUCACAUUAUAAUUUCCCGGAUCAUUCUAAUCGACAAUUCAAUCAUAAUGUCAACAACAUGAUACAUCCACUGAAAAUCGGCAAUAUUCAUCACGGUAAUUCUUUGUUGCCGGAUCCUCCAUUAAUGAGACCCAAUCGGAAUCUUACUGUAUUGAAUCAAUCAAAUUUGAAUAAUCAGCAACAAAGAACAAAUUUUUUCAAUACAUUAAGGAAUCAAUCGAAUAUCGAUAGCAAAACCCAAAAUUUAAUUAAAAAUCAAGAACAAAGUGUUAAUCAAACCCCUUUUGUACAAAAUCGAAAUCUAAAAACAUUAACGACAGAUGCCACAGAUAUUGAAACUUCCGCUAAACCAAACACAAAUCUUGCAACAAAACCGGAGCUUAAUGUUUCAACGCCUAUCAUAUCAACGAUCAGCUCUAAGGAAAUACCAAAUAUAGAACGAAGUUCAAAACCGAUCCGAAGGAAAAAGAAAAAAAAGAAAGGCAAAAAACCGACACAACAAACCCAGAAUCAAUCUGUGAUUGCCGAAAAAGUUGAAGAGAUAAAAGAUUCGUUUGGUAUUGAUGAAGAAUAUAUGAAAAAAAUGGAAGAACAAAAAAUUUUACGAGAAAAAAUUGCUCAAGAAAGGGCGGAAAAAAGGAAGAUUUUUCAAACAGUUUGUAGCGGUGGUGAUGUCACGCCUAUAAUACGUCAAUCAUCAUCUUGUAAUGAGAAAAAUUUAGAACAAUCAACUACUAAUCCACAAGUCACGAAAAUUACACCGGCUGCCAAAAAUGUUUCAACAUUAAAAACGCCUACUCCAAUAGCUAAUAUGUCAUCACCCGAAAAAAUAACUACCGCGACGACAACACAGGCUAUAAAGCCUUCAUCAUCAAUACAAAUAUCUGGUUUAGCCGUCGAUAUUCGUGAAAGUUUAUUGAGAAAAAUAACACGACCAUAUGGAAUGGUCGAAUCAAUCGUAUUCAUUGAACAAAAUAAUGAAUCAAAAUGUGCUAUUGUAAAAUUUAUACAAUCAAAUGAUGCUAAAAAAUUUAUGGAUAGUUUUCGUACGGAUCCUACCAAAUUAAAACAGACAUUAAUGUCGGAUAAAUUACCAACAUUAACAUUCCUUAAUUGAUAUGAACAAAAAACUGAUCCAUUUUGUUUUGGGUGGUGAUUUUAUUUUUCGAAAAAAAAAUCAAGCAUAAAAUUUUUCAUUCAUCAUCCUCUCAUAAUAACAACGCCUCCGAUUUUGCUGCUGCUGCUGCUGCUGUUAAUUGGUUCAUUACGUAUUAUAUACACCUGGAUUUACGAAUGCAAAUCAUUUUUUUUUAAAAUUUUUUUCAUUAGAUAAAUUUUUUUUUUGUCAACCAUCACUACUUCAAUAAAAAAACAAAAUUAUGUAUG